AUGGAUGCCGAAAUAUGUAAGAACUUCCUUUUAGUAAGGACGAACUUUCCCGAUCAAUUGGACAGUGAUGGAGAGUAUAAAUUUAAAGAUGAUGGGCAUUUCAAAAAGUAUUGUUCUGGUAACAACUGUAGUAGUAAUCUCGAAAAAGUUAAUGCUGGAUGUUUGUAUUUCUUUGAUGAAUUCUUUAAGGAUUCUUCUGUGUUUAAGUCUGUUGCAAAUAGUAACAUCGAUAUUGUUGAUUACAUUAUAAUAUGGUUAAGUUAUAUGUUAAACCUAAAGGAAAAUGACUAUAAUAACAGUCUAAAUCAUUUUUAUACUACAUAUAUAAAUAAUGAAAAGUAUAAAAAGCCUAUAACUGGUGUUACGGAAUAUAAUAGUUAUAAGGAUCUUAUAGAUAAAAAGCACGAUUUGACGAAAGUGGAUAUUAAAGAUAUAUCUAAAUUUUAUGAUGCAUUUAAAACAUUAUGUGAAAUUUAUUCUGCAUUUGAUGAAAACACGUCAAAUUGCACAAAAUGUUCGGAUAAAGCUAAUAAAUUUGUUAAAAAAUAUCAAGAACUUGAUGGAGAUUCUAAUAAUACUGAAGGCACUUCCUACAGUAAAAUAUUGUCUACAUUAUCAACUGAUUAUAAUAAUUUAAAAAAUAAAUGUAGCAAUAUUCCAACCCUUCCAGAGGUAAACACAUCACAAAAUACUCCAAAAAGUCCUGGACAAAAUUCUGCACAAACAUCUGAAGUUACACCAUUAAGUUCGUCGAUAGGAAACAAAUUAAUUCCAGUUUUAUUGAUAUUUAGUGCAAUAGCAUUUUUUUUAGGAAUUUUUUAUAAGUAUUCAUUAUUUAAGUCUCGGAAACGAGCUCAAAAACAAUAUUUAAGAGAAAAGCUAAAAAAUAAAGAAGAAAAUGGAUCAUUAAUAUAA